AGACCGAGUGUUUGUGUCCACAUUGACCAACCGAGCUAAUGAUUUAUUGAUUGAUGACAUAAUCAGUGGAAGGGUGAAACAUCACAUCGUUCUCUCUUUUCAUUUGCUGUUGUUCACUGGCAAAUAGGUUUUAGCGUCUAAUCAGAGUCAUUUAUUCUUUAUUUAUCCAUCAGCAGCUACAUUUUCAUCAGGAACAGGAGAUUUUUUUGUAUGAAGCUGAAGUGUGAAGGAAACCAGGUCGCUGACGUUGGUCAAGAUGAGAUCAGUUGGAUUUGCUGUUUUCGUGGCGUUUCUCAUGAUCAACUGCUCUGAAAUGCGGGAUCCCAAGGAUCCCAAGGAUCCAACACACGUGGAGCCAGUGAGGAAACUGGAGGAAUCUCAGAGUACAACCCAAACCCCUCCGUCCAAAAGCCCUGCCCCCACCAGCCCUGAAGCACACGAGGAAGACAACUUUCUGGGUCCACCCAAGUGUCUGCAAAAGAAGCCUACUCGCGGAUCAUGUGACCUGGUGUUUUGUCCUCCAUGGGAGCGGUGCAUUCAAGGACAUUGCUCUUGUAAACCACCAUACCUUUGUCCGUCGGAGGGGGCUCAACCGGUCUGCGCGCUGGACAACCGAAUGUACCGCUCCUACUGCCAGGUGAUGGCUGUGUCGUGUCAAACAAAGAGAUCCAAAAUGUCCCACUUUGGGAAUUGCGGAGAGGAUCAGCCCAAGUUCAACAGCACGAUAUACCCCGACACGGGAGUGGUGAAGAUCUUCCUCCCCGACGCCAGGAGCCCUAACGGCGGAGAGGAGCUGCUGGUGUGCCAAAAGAUUUGGAAUAUCGCAGCUGCCAACGUGGCCUGCAAGGCCAAAGAGAAUCCACUAGGUGCGGUGAUGGCAGACUCCACACUUUACCACUCCCUUGCGACCGGCAGCGGCAACACAGAGUUACCAAAGCGAUGUGUCAGCUUGCGCUGCCACGGUUACGAGACGUCCCUCGCCGAGUGCAUCAUCUACGACAGGGUCCGGAUCGGCAAUGGAAAGGUCGCUACGGCAACCUGUUAUAAGGCCCCACAAGCCGAGUGCGGCUUCUCGUGCGCCAACACAAAGUGUGUCUCCAUGAACCGGACCUGCGACGGAGUCGACGACUGUGGCGACGGCAGCGACGAGAUGUGCUGCAAAAAAUGCAGGAGCGGCGGAUUCCGCUGCAAGACGGGCGUGUGCGUGCAUCGAGAGGCGGUCGGCGACGGGCAGAUCGACUGUCUGGACGGCGAGGACGAAGCAACGAAACACGCCGUCUACGGACAAAGUAAACUAACCGAAGAACUACCCAGGAACUCAGAGUACACUUCCCCCAAAAAUGAAACAAGAGCUGGCCGGGCGCAUUUGGAGUCCAGGUUGUACUGCGGGAUCCCCAACGCAACCACGGUGGACAACGUGGAGGGCGACGGUCGCACUAACAGGGGCCGCGUCAAGAGAGUGGUGGGCGGCGUCCCUGCGAACCCGACUCAGAUCCAGUGGCAGGUCGCUCUGGUGGAGAACAAGAAGGUGGACUGUGGUGGCGCCUACAUCGGGGGAUGCUGGGUAAUCACGGCGGCUCACUGCGUCAGGCCCAACCCCUCUGCGUUCAUGGUGAAGUUUUCCCUCUGGAAAAAGUUUCAAGCUCAGAACACGACUGACAUCGUUCCUGUCAAAGAGAUUCUCAUCCACCCAAAAUACGGUGGAAACUACGAGAACGACAUCGCUCUGCUGAAGCUGGAGAAGCUUCCCUUCUCGGAGAAAUGUUUUGAGGACAACCCGGCCGUCAGCGCCGUCUGUGUCCCCUGGUCCACGAACCUCUUCCAGCCCAACCACACCUGCAGCAUCUCCGGAUGGGGUCGGACCGCAGAGGGCAAAGGGGCCAAGGUGCUGCUGUGGGCCAACGUUUCCCUCAUCGCUGACUGUCAGAGAUUCUAUGAAGAUCGCUUCCGGCCCGGCAUGAUGUGCGCGGGCGCCAUGGAGGGCGGCGUGGACUCCUGUCAGGGCGACAGCGGCGGUCCGCUGGUCUGCGAGGACGAGCUCGGAGUCUCCUACCUGUGGGGCAUCGUCAGCUGGGGGAGGAAGUGUGCAGAGCCAGGAUUCCCCGGAGUUUAUACACAGGUGGCCCAUUACUUUGAGUGGAUACGUCAUCACACAGGGUGGCCCGCCGUCACCAAGUUCAACUCUUGAUGCGGCAAACACACUGAAAGAGCACUUUGAUACCGUCUCAUGCCUUUAGUGCAAUUAUAACCAGUUCACUGUUGAGUAGUGUGUUGAGUUGUGCUGCAGAAUGUGGUAUUGUUGUGUUUGCUGUAACAUUGUACUUAAAAUAAAGACGCUUUGUCCAAUAGAAUGACUUCUGCUGAUCUCUAUGGUUCACACAUUGUGACAUUUGUUUCAAUGACAACCAAACGUUAUGACCCCUAAAUGUUUU